UUCAAUCUAGUCUGGCUGUGUUGGUGUUCGGUGUGGGCUGUCCUCUUGGUGCGUGUGUGUUGUUUAUGAAUGUUUUUAGUGUUGGAUACUAACAAAUAUUCGCCGAUCGGUUGUCAAUUUAUUGACAUUUUUUUUGUUUUGUGGGUUUAAGGAGUGCGCAGACAGUGAAUAACCAUGGUGUACAAUUAUACGAAACCUAGGGGGCCAAUUGCUGCCCAGUACAGCAGCCCUGGCCCAUGUUACGGUUUACCUAGUUUACUUGGACAAAAAGGUCAUGACCCUAGGAGUUAUCAUAAUAAGGGCCCAGCUUAUCCAUUUGGAAUUCGUCAUGGUAAAUUCAGGGAUGAUUGCAGCCCUGGCCCAUGCUACUUAUUAAACUCUAAGGUGUACAAAGACGGUACUGAUGGCACCCCCCAUUAUUCUUUGUAUGGCCGUCAAAAGGAAAGCACCCAGUUCAAAGUUCCCGGCCCUGGUGCAUACAGCCCUGAGAAGGUUGGGCCCACCGCUCACCACAGGCAUCCAGCAUACAGCUUCGGCACACGUCAUCAAAACAGGAAGACGGAUUCCACGCCAGCUGCUAACAAGUACACUCUCCCCGAUAUGACUGGCAAAACUGUACAGAGUGGAAAGAAACAGUCCCCAAUCUACUCCAUGACUGGUCGCCAGAAUCAGGGAUCAUUCAGUGACGAUUUGGCCAAGUGCCCUGGACCCGGAACAUACGAUGUCACAGACCCUAAUUCGUACAAACAUAAGGCUGCCCUGUACAGUAUGACAAGUAGGAAUAUGAUGCCAGGAGAUACCACACAAAAACCAGGACCGGGAGCUCACUCACCGGAGAAUGUUUGCAUCAAUAAGAAGCAAUACCCAACUUAUUCAUUUGGAAUCCGUCAUUCUCAGUACCUGGCACCUUUGAUAGUGGAAGUCCAAGAUUAGAAUAUGAAAAUGGGAACACGAUUUUGGAUGAUUCAAUUUUUUGGAUAAAGACACUUUUGUUUACAGUUUUACAACUACAGUUGAAAAUCUGUGCGAUAAUUUUUACAUUCCUGCCAAUAUAUUUCAGAAAUGUUAUUCAAAUUUUAUCUUUUAAUUCUUGUUAAUGGAGAAUGUUUCCAUUCACUUUUUCCGUCCAUAGCUCUGGCUGUGAUAUUUCCUAGCUGUUUUUCUUCGUGUAUUAGAUUAUAGUUACCGUAACUGUUGUCUUUCAGUUGAAUUUCAUGGUCAAUGUUUAUUUUCUCUCCCAGUGAGUCUACUAGAUAAAACCAGAGCUCAGAAGUUGUGUUAACCCGUGUCAGUAUUAAUAAAGUGUCACAUUCAGGGUCUUGUUCGAAGUUAAAGAGAAUUUAUUUCUAUAAUAUAUUUAUAUGUUACUGUAGUCUGUGUGUAGAACGAUUUUUCUUUGGAUAGGAAAAAUAUGAUUUUUGAAGUUUUUUGUCGCGUUCUCAACGUUGGCAUCCUUUUGUGAUAUCUCCGAACUGGUCAUGUUUAUUUUUUUUUUUUACACACAUACAUUCUACAUACAUCAAUUCAUCUGUACAGUAUACCUGAUAUUUUAUUGAUGUUCAGAUAGCAAGUAUUUAUGAAAAGCUUAUUUACAUAUUUAAUUAUUUCCAGUUCUCUGUAUAUAAACAUUUUUUAUAGAUUCUUUAUCUUGUUUCUGUACGGCAAUCUUACCAGGCUUCUACAUUGUAGAUAUAUAUACUAAUGCUAUCAAAUCAUUUAUUGUGUAUGUCGGUAUGGAUGCAAUUUUAAGUAUUAAAUAAAAAAGCAUUAUGCUAUCAUAUUCUGAUCUAAGGAUUUUGUAUUCUUCAUAAUGCCAUUUGCCAAAUUUCUAUUUUUUUUUGGAUUGUCAUAUAUUCUAUAAGUAUUACUAUUCAGCAGUUUAAGAAUUAUGAACACUGGAGAUUUUUUUCUCGCUCACAAUAAUGAUCAAAAGUUAAUUAGUAAAAGAUCAGCGAUUAAUUUAAAAGCCAGUGAAAUUGGACAAUCCAGAAAUUUAUGUUGAUGCUUUGCUCAAUACAACAUGGUGGUCUACCUUUGUUGGGUAUGGAGAUGUGUUUUACUUGCACACAGGCACGUGAUAUCAGUAUUGUCCAUAAUUGAUACAGAUCGACACCUAUUCAGCAUGAUGUAUGUUGUAUUUGUGCUACCUUUCAACUAACAGAUAAAUAAAUUGCCUUCAUGAUGUA